CGCCAGUUCACAGCAGGAGACACCCACACAUGGCGCUGCGCGAGCUGCCGUUGCGGACAGCGUCUGCAUUCUGCAGCCAUGUCAGACCCGUUGCGCAGCUUGUCCGGCCAUCCUUCCGCCGCAAUUCCUCCUCGGAGGCGCUCUACGGCAUCGAACCAUGGUCGCCUUUUUCAGUCCCUCCGCCGUCAGAGGAGCUCUCGAAGACGUUCGAUCCGGUCGCGCGUAGCAAGCUGAGGCGACGGGGAAAGAGGGAGCUCCCCCCGAGCAGAUACCAGUACCGCCCGCCCAAGUACUACCGCGGCCGUCUUCAUCCCCACCAGCCUCCGCCAGUGUCCGAUCCCUCAUCGCGUCUCUUUCAGCCUGGUCCUUUUAGUCUUCCGCGCCUCGAGCAGACGUACCAAAGCACCAUCGCCCCAGACGUCCUUACCCUCACGUAUCAGCAUUACCCGCCAGGCUACCGAGCUCCGAAGCUAGACCAAAGACUACGGGAAUGGACAGGAGAGUCUCCGUACUUCAGAAAUCGGCCCUUACGGCCGCCGCGAGGGCGCGGUGAUCAUCUUCGGCUCCUGACGCCUCCCCGAACGUUCCGCAACGUCCCGAAGAUCACCAAAGUUACCAUUCAUUCCAUGGUCCCCGAGGCUCAGGAAAACAGCGCGCACUUACACGUCGCCGGGAUGAUAGUGCAGGCAAUAAGCAACAUCCGCGCAACGACGCACAAAGCGAGGCACAACGUAGUCGGAUGGGGUUUGCGCGAAGGGAAAUACGUAUCUGUUACCGCCAACAUGGAGCGUGAGGAUGCGCAUCACUUCUUGGCGAAGCUUGUCGAUGUGGUAUUGCCACGCAUAAAAGAAUGGAAAGGCGUACCAGCGUCGUCCGGUGAUGGCGCCGGCAACAUGACCUUUGGUCUGACGCCCGACCAGGUUGCCCUCUUCCCUGAGGUCGAGGUGAAUUACGAUGCCUAUCCGCCAAAGAUGAUUCCAGGGUGUCACAUUACCAUCCAGACCGACGCGACGAACAACAAGGACGCCCGACUACUACUACAAGCGAUCGGCCUACCAUUCUUCGGAAAGCUUAACGACUAGAUGUUUGCGGCCCUGCUCGUGUACAAAACAUGUAUCAACCGUAAGAUUUCCAUGUACUUCUUGGCUGCGGUGUUGCUCGCCACAACAAAGAAUUGUAUUUUCCGACGCCUAAAGUUGUCCUUUGUCCCCUUGUGAAUUUUGGGUACUUGUGCGCCAUUCUUUGAGACACUGUCUUUAUUUAGCACCAGACAAUGUGAUUGUCUAUCGGCUGUCUUUUGCAUC